AUAUCACAAAAAUUCACAUUUACUUUCAUAUGAAGCUAUUAGACCGAACAUUUUGCAAUAACACAGGCCUUUACGGUUACGUAGCAACAUCUUUAUGUACGUCAGAGCUGGAGUGCAGCCCGUAUUCAGACAAAGACUUAUUUGUCUAAAUAGUGACCAGUCUGAAUACGCGGUUGUCUAAAUACUGAUAUGUAACCAAUCAAUUUGCAGUAACACAGGCCUUUACGAUUACGUAGCAGCAUCUUCAUGUACGUCAGAGCUAGAACAUAACAUCACAGUAAUACGAGUUUAGAGCUUAAAACUGCAUUCGAAUCCAAUCAAAAAACUCAACAGUCUAAGUUGCAACUGAAAUUUAACAACCGAGUAAUAAUUAUUUAUUGCUUACUUAAACAUUGACCAUUCAUCAUUUUGUUGCAUACUUUGAAUCGCAGUGUUUGAAAACUGUGCUUUAGCCAAAAAUUCAAGCUAUCACGUGAAACGAGAUCCAAAAACUACCGAAACCGAAAUGGAUACUAGCCAACCCGAAGACAUCCCUCAGAGCUUUCUGUGCCCCAUAACUCUCGCUGUUAUGAACGACCCGGUGAUUGACAACUACGGCGUCAGCUACGAACGCCAGGCGAUCUGCGAAUGGCUUAACGCCGGAAACUCAACCUCGCCUACCACCGGGAAGGAACUGACUGUCAACGAUCUUCGACCGAACAGGGCAUUACGAGAGACAAUUGAGAAGCUCCUUGGAGUGGAAGGAAUGGUGCAUUCGCCUCCUCGCAGCACGGAGAGCAUGCCUGAAAACACGCUUCCAGCUCCCAAACCUUCUGCUACAACCGGCUACGAAGGAUCCAACUACACGUAUUCUUCACCUUUUAAGUUUAGCGACACGAAUAGGGAUGGACCGGACUUUAAUGGGGCUUGCUUUCUGGGCUCCAGCUUGGUCCAUAUGGCUGGUCAAAAAUUCCGAAGGGCUGACCAGAUAAAGAAAGGUGACAAAGUAUUCACAGGCGCCGGUCUAAUUGAUGAGGUAGAAUGCGUGUUGAAGACUUGUUACGACGAGGACGAACCUCAACUUCUGUAUCAAAUUAAUGAGAACCUCGUCGCCACUGCUUGGCACCCUGUAAAAAACGAGGCCGAUCAAUGGACAUUUCCAGCUGAAUCGAGCUCAGCGAAGGCCAUCACAGUCUACACAGAAGGCGUGUACAGUUUCCUGCUCAAAAACAGAGGCACUAUUAUACUCGGUGACACUGAGUGCGCAACUCUUGCUCAUGGUCUGCAAGGUGAAGUGAUUGAACACGAGUUUCUGGGAACUGAGACUGUGGCAGCUGAUUUGAAACGAUUCGAUCAGUUCCAGUCUGGACUGGUAGAAGUGACACCAGAAGCAUUCCAGAGGAAUCCAGAUACCGGAAGAAUCAAUGCUAUCAGGAUAAAUUAACUUAUCCGCUUCAAAGACAAAUCGCUAAAAAAUCUUUUGUAGAUAGACCAAAAAUCUGUUAUAACAUAGUUUCAGCUUUCUAACAAAAAGAUGUAAUUUUGCCACAAGUAAUACUAUUAAUAAACUUUCAUCGCAA